AUGUCCGGUGUGCCGGCAUAUGUUACAUGUGCCUUCGUGGAAGAGCCAGAAAACCACCCGGAAACCUCUUCGCGUCAUCGCGAACUGCUUUCCGAACCAUUCGAUGACCAUCCUGAUGGGAAGUUAUACAGCCCUGGGUAUUUUGACGACGUAGAAGAUCGCGAGGAAUACAAACCUGGCGGAUUUCAUCCUGUUCAUCCUGGGGAUAACCUUGGAAGAGAUAAUCGAUUCCGAGUCAUACACAAGCUUGGAAAUGGAGCACUUUCAACAGUAUGGCUUUGUCGAGAUUACGAGAAGAGCAAGUACGUGGCUUUGAAAAUCAUCAUAGCGGAUGCACCUCGCGAUGUCUGUUCCGAGUUGAAGGUAGUUCAUCGCAAAGAUCUAGACCUCGACCAAGCUGGAGGGAAACACAUUGCGCUACCCCUCGACCAUUUCUGGAUUGACGGACCGAGUGGUUCGCAUCUUUGUCAAGUACUCCCAGUUUCGGGGCCACGAGUCCCUGUUAUAUGGCGUACAUUUCCAGACCCUAGUAAACCCGCUAUAAAUAUUUCUCUACAAGUCACAAGCGGUUUACAAUUUCUUCAUAGGAACGGAAUUCGUCAUGGUGGACUUUCGGAUCUCGACGGUCUACGCGAAGAACAAGUUGCUAUGGAAUUAGGGGAGCCUCGAAAGGAGGGACUUCUUACAGAAUUAGACGAAACUCCUGGACCAUCAGCCCCAAAAUACAUCGUCCAACCCAUUAACCUGGAGGCACUCGACCCUAGGCACCUCAUAGACCUAGCCUGUAUUAUUGACUUCGGCGAGUCAUAUGAUUCAUCUAGUCCGCCCGAGGGCCUAGGAAUUCCACCAGGCUGCUGCUCACCCGAGCUCAUAUUUGAUAGUUUGGUUGGGAUUGCUAGCGAUAUCUGGGCGCUUGCCUGUACAAUUUACGAACUUCGCUCUAUGAGUAGGCUUUGUGAAACCUGGGAUGGCGAUGAUGAUGAAGUAAUCCUGCAAAUAGUUAGACUACUAGGAAAGCUCCCUGAACCGUGGUGGCCCUUUUGGGAUGCACGAGAUCGCUGGUGCAAGGAAGACGGCACACCGAUCGUUGAUCCUGAUAUAGGAAUAGCCUUUGCGACGCCUUUCACGGUUGAUGAACUUAUUGCCCUAGGUGUGCACUUCAGGAUUGGUAGUGCGACUGGGCCCUGGGUCCCGUGA